AUGAAGGAGGAAGAGGUCCACCGUUUGAUCCUAGAUUGGAAGCUGUCCUACUCGCCAAACCAGUAUGAGGCUCGAGGGAUCCCAUUGAGAAGAUUUGAUGGGGGUGGUCAGUGUACUGGUGGUGGCUAUCAUGAACCUCCCCUCCCCCAACAUUGCUUUGUCUCUACAGUACGCAGUUUCAGCAAUGGCGAGUUGGUUUUUCGAUUGGAAGAUCCGGUGGAAAAAGCACAUCAAGUCUCCCACGUUGGUCGGAUAAGGUCCAAGGCAAAGAGGCAACAUGACCUGCUGCUUCGCGUGGGUGGGGAUCGAACAGGCAGGGCCCCUGAUGUGCCAGGCGGCGGGAACUCGAUUCUCGGUUUGGGCGCUGGCAAGGCUUCUGCCGGCACGGUUCGAUUUGGGUUUGCACGAUUGACUGCAACCACGUGGGAGGAGUGCCGAUGGAUUGGACAAUCUUUGUCCAUUUCUCUGACAGGGGAGUUUUACCGGGAGACCUGCCACAAAGGCUAUGCUUUCCUGUUUUGUUUCGAGUGA